AUGGGAAGCAGCGAGAGCAAAAUGAAGGUGGCAUCCACGCCAAAACCGGAACCGAACCAGCGCCUGGUACACCAGCGGGUGGCCCAACUGGCCGACCCGCGGUCUCCCUCCACAGGGAUCAACCGCACACCUAUACAGGUUGGAGGUACUGCCACCCAUGUCCCUGUUGUGGUACAGUCUGCUGGACCUACGGGCCCUGUUGACCCCCGUUCGCCCACAGUUGGUAUUGUCCGUACGCCAAUGAAGGAUUCAGUUAGAGUAACUGUCAGUUCUUUGGCUCGCCGUCUGAGUGCUCUGUUCCUCAAUGAGCCUGCAGAGGGCGACAUCGCCUCUGUCACCUUUUCAAAGCAGCCCAGCCUGCAGACAGUGGAGCAACAGCAGGAGGAGGAGGAGGAGGAGGCGAAACUGGCCGUCAGUGAACCCCUCCUGCCCGACCCCCCUGUCCAGGAAAGGAACUCCUCCACUGAGAAGGCCGGGUUGCUCUCCACUCCUGUCCUCGUUCACCUCCCUCAGGACUACGGCUCCCUCAGCAGCAGCCCGUUCAUGCUAAUCAGCGAGGAGGUGCAGAAUGAGGUGGAGGUGGUGGCUGAGCUCUCUGUGGAGGAGGCAGAGGAGGCGCUGACGUUUGGAGACUCCCCUUUGAAAAAGGAGCUCAGUUUGAGCCUGCUCACCUGUCACGACGGGCUCUGCCCCGCGGAGAUUUACCCCUCCGUCUCCGCUGAGGAGCGCCCGCUCUCUCCUCUUCCUCCUCCGCAGCCCGAAGAUCAUCCCUACGCCCUACCCUCCAUUCAGCCGCCCAGCCUCAUCCUGUCAGAGGCCAUUGUGGCUCCAGAAGUGCAGUCAGAGGCCAUUGUGGCUCCAGAAGUGCAGCCAGAUGCUGCUUUAUCUCCAGAGGCACCUGUAGCCAUUCCGGUGCAGUUACCUGAGGAGCAGUGUAAAGUCAGUGUCACUGACAGAAACUCUGCGUCAGUGCCAAGCCCCGGUCAGCUGGAGGAACCUAACUCAUGCCCGGCCUCCCAUGGGGGUUUCCGCUGCCCUCUGCUGGACACCCAGAGUCCCAGUCAGGCUGUGUUUAAGCCGCAGUGGCUUGGGGUCGGGUUUGGCACGACUGGGGUGAGAGCUAGAGGAGUCCAGGGGCGAUCAAAAGGAGGCGCCGUCUCCUCGCAGUCGUCUCUGCUGUCGUCACGGAAACCAGCGGGCGGGGAGAACAAAGGCGUGGUCCCCAAACAGAAACAGAAGGGUAAGACUCUGGUCGGUGAAGGACGUUCACCUCUGCAGAUCCUCAGAGAGGCUAACUCACCCAGAGACACCUCCCAGCUGAAGCUGAAGAUCUCCACUCCAGAGAAGCGUCGCAUGGCCCAGAUGGACAGACGAGUCCUGUCUCUCUCUCUUAACAAAGAGAACCAGUGA